CAAGUCCUGCCAAUGAUGGUCUGCUGCUCAUAAAAAUAUGACAAUAGUAAACUUGAACAACAAUGAACGAAAAAAACAUUAACCCAGACAUAAAAAACCCCCCAAACAAUUAAUUUAAAGAAACCAAUCCAAACACAAAACGUAGGAGGAGUUUAGAAAGUAUGUUUUGCAUAGUGAUUGAAUUAAUCGUCUUUGGCAGAUUUGUUCAAUUAAUUAAAUGCUACUGAAGAAAAUAUCUCUCUUACAUUUAUUCAAAACUACAGCAUUCUCAGUGUAGUGAAAUAUGAAUGGAAAACCUCGGGUCCUAUUUUCAAAGAACAGCUUAUUUUUCAGAUGUUUUCCAUUAAGGAAAUAGGAUUGCAUAAUUUAAUGUGUUUUUUUUAAACAGACAUUUUCAGGAACCUGAACCAGCUUAACCUGAGUUGGUUUGGUAGCAUUUCAAUUAAUCAAUGAAUGUAUUGUAGUUCAACUGUCACUGGAUUUAUUAGGCUGAUGAUUAUAUUUGAGAGUUUUUAAAAAGUCUAAUAUUGAUAAAUUAAGUUUUACUGAAACACACAACACAACACCACACAACUAAACAUUUUUAAUAAAGAUCCCUUCAAUUUGUUUUUGUUUUUUUAACAAUUGUGUCCAAGAUAUGUACUGAGUGUUACAUUUUAUAGUUUGAAACUGAUCUUGUCAGUGCUCUCUGGGGGACAAAUUAUGUAAUUGAAUUAUAGAGCAACUAUUUCUAGAUUAUUGCUAACAUACUGUAUGUUUGUACUGGAAGUCUUUAAUGUACACAAUGAAUCUGUGAUGAGCUAAUAUGUGCCAGUAUAUUGGCAUAGGCAUGAAUGGAAAUAUUGCAGAGAACAGAGAAGGGCCCAGAAUCAAACCUUGGUGAUCACCAGAGUUUGGCAGUACUGUCUGUGGCAUUUAGAUUGUUUUCUUCAGUAUUUACAUAGUAUAAUGGGACAUCCCUAUGUAGUGGGUGUGUGACUAGUAGAAAUGAUUUCAUACCAUGAUACAGAACCUCUGACAUAGCAAAGGUCCCAGAAAGAAUUCAGUUAAUUACUUUAUGGAUCACUCUUCACUGGUAGUUUGUGCGCUUGCCCAAAAUAGGUUUAUGGACAAUGAAGGAAGACAGUGAUGAGAUGUUGAGUGUUGCUUAUAUAGGUCUGUAGAGAGACACCCAGACUUUUAAAGAUGCAUUUCCGUUCCAUGCUGUGCCUUCCGACUCCUGUUUUAUAUUCACUUCUCAGUAAACAUGUGUUGUAGGGAGAGAGAAGAUAUAGCUGCUACCCUUGGGCCAUGUGGAAUAUGACGGGGGCACUGUGGUGGGCCCUGUCUGUCAUGCUGAACCUGACUCCAGGAAUCACUUGACAGGUGUUGUGGCCAACACAACUGUGUCUGGUCUGGAGAAGGGUGCAUGGAGUGCAAGCGUCUGUGGCAUGUCUGCUUUGUGUCUGUCUACAUCUUCCAAAAAAGAAAAAAGGAAUAGGAUUGAAUGGAGACUCCUUCCCUGAUAGAGAUAUGGCAUCUGCAUAGAACAGUAUAUCAUCGGAUUUAGACUGUCAGUGUGAGUUGCAAUCAUUUUAUGGAUCAGCACAUGAAGUAGUAGUUCAAAUAAUCAAUAUCAAAAGUAAAUGAAUCCUUGUGAACAUCCAUUAUUUUUCUUUAAGGUGCUUAAUGUAAUUUGUUUACUUUCAUGAUGUUUGGCUGAGAAGGAAAAAUCAUUUUCAACUAUUUUGAUAAUGAGUCAGUUUUUUUCUUGUAAAGAAGAGACAUUUCUUAGUUCCUCAAUAGUGAGUAUUUCUUGUUUUUCUCUGACUUAUGUCAUAGUCAAGUGAAUAUCCUUUAUGGAGUCAAGUUGUUGAACUCUGUUGGAGUGUUGGUUGGACAAAGCAGGACGUUUGAACACUUUAAGCUUAAGGAAAUUGUGAUGAUGGACAUUUUUCACUGUUCUCUGGUAUUUUUUAUAGCAGAGAAACUGAUGUUGUCACUGGAAGAUCAGAUAAUGAUACUCUGUGAUCUUUAAGUCACACUGGGAACAGCUAUUAAAUUCUGCUCAAACAAGUCUCCCCAAAUCAGUAUGUCUGGUCAGAAAGUGUUGAGCCACCAGGAAAUCAGGUUAGGGAGGAUUAGGUUAUACCAUAAUGUUGGGCACAAAUUAUUCCUCAUUUGUCUUUGUCAUGGUUGUUUCUGAGAAAAAACAACAACUUCAUGGGUAUUUUUUAACGGUUUAACGAUAACAAGCUUCUCAUGGUAGUUCACCACAUCACAAUAUCCUCACACCCAGGUUUUUUUUUUUUUUAAACAAAAAAAACAGCUGUUACUUACUGCCCCAUAGAGGUAUCACUUGGUUAAAUAUGAGCAGGAAGUUUAAGUAGUGAUUAGUGUCACUGAGAAUCUUUGUAUAGUUGAGGUUGCGAAAACAAAUUUAACAGAGGCAAAUUAGGCACUUGCUACCAUCUUGCCAAGGGGCCCACUGAACUUACCUUCACCCCAACCCAAGAUUUCAUUAAGGCUGUGCCAGACUGGUGUUCGUGUCAGGCUUGAAUUUCAGCCCCACUCAUAAACAGCCUGCUAUAUUAACUUGUUUAGGGACAGCUGCCUGUGGUGUGGAUCGUGCCUCUAUGUGUGUGUGUGUUUAUCUGUCUGUCUAUGUGUCAGUAAAUCUGCUUAGCUAGCUGUGUAUGUGUGUGUCUGUCUGACUGGCUGUCUGUCUUUGUGUAGCUGGUGUGUUUCAGUUGCAAACAUAACAUCUUCAGGUCUUUCUGAUUUUCAUGUCCACAAAUUACUAGCUCACGACUGAAAUUAUGAUAGUGGGAGAGUGACUUAAGGUGUCAGUCUCUAGUGCUAAUAGAGGUUUAUGACAGAUGUAGACAGACUACAGGUGAGUACUGCUACUCCAGCUAGAAAUGUAAAGGCUUUGAUUUAAAACUUUCUUUGUUGUCUGCGAAAGAAGACAAACAAAACAAAACAAACCCCCCCCCAGCUGUUUUCAGAUGCAGGGCGGUGCCAUGUCACAGAUUUCAUAGAAAGUCACAUUGCUGAAACCCAGCCUGGAUUGUGAGACUUCACGCAAGUCAUCCCCUCUUUGAAUUCCAGUCCUUUAUCUUAGAACCUCACAAAAUGCCACUCACACAUCCAUGUUAAUCCACGUUUACCAGCUGAGGGGUGAUAAACUGAGCGUGGAAAAACUCCAGCCAAGGACAUCAUUGAGCUUGACGUCUCUAAUGGUUUUUACAUUGCUGGCAUCGGAUUAGCAAUAGCAUUCUUGGCCAGAACUCCUGGAGCCUUGCUAACAUGUAGCAUUGUUGGCAGCAAUGCUUCUGGACUAAACUGCAAGCGUAAGCAGCUGCCACACUAAAACAUGGGACAAUAGCUCACCCAUACCUAUGUGUGGGUGCGGAAGGCUCCAGUUCCUUGGUAGAAUCAUGAGUCUGUAACAGGAGAAAUAGGCCUAUAUUAGUUUGAGAUGGCUUCCUGUAUGGAAUGCGUACAGUCUAAUCCUCUGCUGACAGAUAGGCCUAUAUGGCAUCAAACACACUCACCCAUUCUCUAGCAAUCGCCUAGGCGCACAACAAAAAUGGCUGAUAAGUUUUAUUCCAGGUUGCUGUCAGUAAUCUGCAACUGAUCUUAUUUAUCAUGUUGCCAAUGGCUAGCCUGUUGGGAAUGAGAAUGAAUCUUGUUGUGAGUACUUGCUAAUAGAUAUUAAAUGGAUGUGCUGGUAGAAAUUGGCCACACUUAUCUCAUUUGGCAGUGUCUUAAGAAGUUGUCUUGUCAUAACAUGUCAAGUGAAGUUUAUUUGUAUAGCUUUUAUUUACAGUCUCUAAGGAUAUCACAACAGCCCCCCCCCCCCCACACACACACACACACACACACACACACACACACUCUUUACAACUACCUCGUUUAUGAAACAGUGGGAAGAAACUAGGAAAUAUCUCCUAAUGAAAAAUCCAUGUGCAUACAGUGAUCAAAACAAUACUAAAAUACAAUGAUGUAUUUGUCUGUAAUUAGAGCCAGUACUGAUCAAGAGUUGCAAUUGAUGCUAACCCCAACACAGAAAUGAUUUUUUCCAUCUCUGCUGGAUAAACAGCAGCUGCCGUAGUGGAGUUUUGCCUUUUCACACCAUCCUUAAGUCUCUUGCCCCCAUCCCCAAGCUGCUGCUCACCUUUGGAGAAGAUACUUAAUCUAAAGUGUAGCUUUAGAAACUAAGGAUCUUAUUCCUUGCCACCCCACAUGGAAAAGCAUGUCCCACCUAUUUUCCUCAUGCUACCCUUCCUCCACUCAGUUUAAAGUUACACUGCCUUUCGGGUCUUGAUCUCCCUGCAUCCCCUAUGCCGUGGGUUCAAGGCAUCUAAGAAGUGUAAGUGUGUUUGUGUUUGAGCAGUGUUGAUAUUGGUUGCCAUGGCACCGUGUCUGAGGGGAUGUCCAGGAAGCGUGCAGUGAGGUGUUAUUACAGGGUCUACACAGCUGGAUGUCUUGACCAAACAGGAGGCUCGACACUUCAGCCCAGUGAGGUGACAGACGUUGGCCCAGUUCAAAUGUCUGUCUGAACACCAUGAUGAAAGCUUGUUCAAUAGUUUUAGCCCUGCACAUUCUCAAAUGCAAAAUGCUAUAAUACCCUAAAGGAUAAGCUUACAUUUUUACAGAUUUUUUUUAAUAUAGUAUAAUUUAUUUUUGUUAUUAAUAAUUUUCACAUGAGUGCGUUCAGGGUUCUGUCCAUAAUUUCUGGCUGUGUUUAUUAUCAUUUCAAAAUAGUAAGAUGUUUUCUUGUUACUAGCUAAAAUUGUGCAAAUAAUGCAGCAGUCUCAUUUGUAGGUGAAGUGGUGGUGAUACAGUAAUGGUACAGUGCCACUGUUUGUGCAGACCUUGGUGUUGAAGAUAACAUGGUGGCUUAUGUUAAAAAAAAAAUAGCUGAGAGCUGGUUAACCCAAAGUGAAGAACUUGGCAGGAGACUGCUGUGUCUUACACAGGAACAUUUAUUGAAGCUCGAUUGAGGAGAACAGAGUUUCAGUACAAAGUGAAACACUGUUCAGUGCCAUUCAGUUGUCCUCAAUCAAGCUUCAUAAUUAUUUUUUUUGUUUAACAUGUAUUUUGUCAUCUGUUUUGAGUUGGCUUCUUAUAUUUUUUGUCUUCUUGGCUAGCGUACAUAACCAGUUUAGUUCAACAUUUUCACAGCCUUAACAUGCAAAGCAUGAUCAGACAGGGCUCCAUGCACCCAUAUUGUGUUGGCUCACUGUAGGCUUUAAAAUGAAGUAUGGGUGCCAUGCUUGUGCAGUGCAGUGUUGGACUUGCAUGCCCAUGCUAAUUGGAUUGUUUGUCACUGUUGUGUUUAAAAGAGGAGUGAAACAUACAAGAAGCUGCAGAAAUCUUGUUGUGCACUAUCAGAAAAGCAGCUUUCAACUAUUGAACUAUGUUGAACACAAUGGCCUGCAGAAAAUGAAUGCUGAUGGUACACUGUAUGUAUAUGUAAAUAUCAUCAAUUAGUAACAUUUAGUAUGGUCACAAAAUGUAAUGUAUUUGUGUGCUGUCACUUGUGGCCAGUUAUUGUUGGCAGUGAAUGCAGCAACAGAGUCUGAACAGCUCAACACUCAGGCAGCUGCACAGUAGUACAGACCACAGAUCUGUAAUAGUGUCACAAAGACACUAAGUCACUGUUAUGUGUUCCUUGUUUCUUGAAGGGCAAGAUGCCACACUUCAUUCUGGUCCUUGGGUCAAAAUAUGCUGCAUUGUUGGCUCAGAGCCACCUACGUUUGGCAUCAAUCUUGCUGAUGUGAGACUGCUGAGAGUCACCGUCUGGUCCCUGUGCACCAAAGCUGUGUCUUACAUCAAGUAUCCCAAAACAUGUCAGAAGGGUGUAGAUUUCAGCAGAGAUGGCUCCUAUAUGGCCUUGGCUGAACGCCGUGAUUGUAAAGACUAUAUCAGUGUAUUUGUGUGCGAUGACUGGCAUUUACUCAGGCAUUUUGAGACUGAGACACAGGAUCUGGCAGGUUUAGAGUGGUCUCCCAAUGGUUGCGUGUUGGCAGUGUGGGACAGCUGUCUGGAGUACAAGGUGUUGCUGUAUUCUUUGGAUGGUCGCUUGCUGUCGACUUACAGUGCCUAUGAGUGGUCUCUGGGUGUAAAGUCUGUGACCUGGAGCCCCAGCAGCCAGUUCCUGGCUAUUGGCAGCUACGAUGAAAAAGUGCGCAUCCUCAAUCACAUCACAUGGAAGAAAAUCACACAGUUUGAGCACCCGGCAACCAUCAACAACACAAAAGCUGUUGUGUACAAGGAAGUGGAGAGCAGGACAACUGUUGGUAGUGAUGACUUGUCGCUACACAACAUCACAAUUGGCACCACCCUGUUCAACACCCAGAGCAGAUACGAGAUCUGCCCAUUCCCGGUCCAAAUACCUGUGGUCAAACCAGACCCAGACCGUGCCAACCCCAAGAUCGGUGUCUCUACUCUGGCAUUCAGCUCAGAUAGUCGCUACCUAGCAACCAAAAAUGACAACAUGGCCAGUGCUGUCUGGGUGUGGGACAUGCAGAAUAUGAGCCUGGAGGCUGUGCUUGAGCAGAUAUCGGCCGUGCGUUGCUUUCAGUGGGACCCCCGACGCCCCCGGCUGGCACUGUGUACAGGCAACAGUAAACUCUAUCUCUGGUCCUCGGCAGGCUGCGUUUCUGUCCAAGUCCCCACUGAAGGUGGUUUCCAGGUCCAAUCACUAAGCUGGCACUGCAGUGGAGACUCUCUUAUCUUGCUUGGAAAGGAUCAGCUGUGUUUGUGCUACAUGGACACUGAUCAGGAGGACAAGUAAAUCACACAAAAACAAUAACUGGAUAACAUUUCAGACUUAUUCUGCCAUAAACACUUGGCCAGGAAUGUGUUAUGGUGGGGAUGAAGAUGUUGAACUGUAGAUGCUGACUAUUAAAUGCCCCCAAUGCAGGUUAGUGGGAUGUUGUUGAAAACCUGACAUGACAUGCUUGCAUCCUUGAAUGCAAACUGAAGCACUAGUUCCAAGCACUGUGAGAUGAUUUUAUAAAGUUUUAUAGCAUUGAGUUUAUUUUUUGUUUAAGUAUUUUGUAUAUGUGUUCCCAUGAAAUUGUGUAAUUAUUUUUGAAU